AUGAAGCUCACUACUGCUAUUUUGUUUACUGGGGCUUUUAGGGCUGUUGUUCUGGCUAAACAGAACGGUAGUAUCAACUUCGAGGGCUUCAAGGUUUAUAGGAUCGAUACGAGUGACGUUGCCGACCUAAAAUCAACAUACGAUAAUUUAUCUAUCAUAGAGCUUAAUCAUAAUCGCAAUCAUCAACAUGGUAGCUCGGAUACUAUUGAUAUUGCGGUUCCUCCAGAACAUGUCGCGGUCUUCGAUACGCUCGACUUCAAUACAACUAUCUUAAGCAGAAACUUAGGAGCAGACAUCGCAACUGAAGGCUCCUUGGGUAGCUAUCCGGAACUUGACGACGAUGGUGUCCCAGGAUUAUCUUGGUUUGAUUCAUAUCAUGCUUAUGAGGAUCACGUUCGCUACUGGGCCGAUCUUCAAGCCUCGUUUGUCAACAAUUCAGAGCUUAUUCAAGUGGGAUCCUCGUUUGAGGGAAGGCCAAUUCAGGGGAUUCAUCUCUGGGGCAGCAGCGGCAAGAAUUCGAAGCCGGCAGUCUUCUUUAAUGGGAAUGUACAUGCUCGUGAAUGGAUCACUUCAAUUGUGGUCGAGUACCUCUUGUACCAAAUAGUGACUGGGUACAAAAAUGACACAGCGGUACAAGCUGCGCUAGACAACUACGAUUUUUACGUCCUACCAGUUGUAAACCCCGAUGGUUUCGUAUAUUCCCAGACAACCAACCGGCUAUGGAGGAAGAAUCGGCAGACGAGAGACAACACAACCGCAGUAGGCACGGAUAUCAACCGAAACUGGUCUGUUGGUUUCGGAGGCGAUGGCUCUUCUUCUAACCCGAGUUCCGAGACAUUCAGCGGUUACCAGGCUGGCGACGCGCCUGAAACUGCCGCGCUGAUGGAAUUCGCUCAAACGCUAGCUACUAACAAAGGCAUCAAGUUGUACAUCGAUUGGCAUAGCUACGCCCAAGUAAUCUUGCUCUCAUAUGGCUACAUCUGUGAUAGCUUUCCAAAAAAUAUAGACCGUCAGAUAAGUCUAGCGGGCGAGACAGCCUCUAGGAUCGCACAACCAUACAAUACAACGUUCGACUAUGGCCCUGGUUGUCUAGUACUAUACCAGUCGAGUGGAAAUGGUAGGGACUAUAUGACCGACGCAGCCGGAGCAGAGUUCGGAUGGGGAAUUGAGCUUAGAUCGACUUCUUACGGCUUCGUACUUCCUGCCAACCAGAUUAUACCUAGCAGCGUGGAAAUCUGGGAAGGUAUGAAGUAUUUAUGGGCGAAUAUGUAA